UCCAAAUCUUCCUACCUAGAUACACACGCUUAGUUCUCCAAAAUCGGGAGAGUGAGUUUUCCUGCCGAGCGCGUGAUUAUCUUCACUUCCUAGCUGCUUUGAAGAGCAAGCCUUGCUAAGCGCUCAAUUGCGGUUAUUUCAAGGACCUCAUAAUGGCUGUUUUGAAAACGUGCUGCUUCUACAAUUCUGUGAGAGAUGGAAGUUUUGCAUGUGGGAUAUAUACAAUGAUAUUUUAUACACUGGUGGUUACAGUCGGCACUUUUCAUCUAGAUCCUAGUAUAGAAAAUAAAGUGCUUUUUGCUUUCGGUUUGACAGCUCUUUGCCUUUCUGGAAUGUGUGUAAUGUCUUCAGCUUUACUACUGGUUGGUCUCUGUGCAGAUAACCGGACAUUUCUAAUACCAUGGCUAGUCUGCAUCUCCAUGACAACGUUACUGGAUAUCUUCUUAUCCUUCUACUUUAUUGCGGAAGACAGUGAAGAUCCUUUUCUCGCUAUUUUAUUUGUUACAGAUUUCUUGAUAUGUGGACUAAAUAUAUACUGCCUACUGGUUGUUAUAUCGCAGUACCAGGAGUAUGCAGCUGGAAGAGGCAGACCAGAAGACUGCAUAAGAAUGGAGCCUCAACCUGAAGUUCGCUGCAUGAGAUUUAACUGGCCUUCAUUCCAAGUGCUAAAUCAAGAGCAGCUAGAAGCUACCGAAGCGGCAGCUAAAGCCGAAUCACAAACGGACGCUUUCCUUAAUGUGCCAGGACAGAGUUCGACAAGGAUUGAAUGCCACAAUUCCCAUGACUCAGUCGGUUCCACCGCUAGUACGAGACUCAUUGUGGAAAUAUGCCGUAACGAUUCAUUCAGUGAAAAUACCCCUAGCGUUCGUUCAGCUGAAACGGAGGAAUUACCAGGUGGUGUCUGAAUAGAGGAAAAUGAAAUCCCUGUCGGGCAGCAAUAGAUUAACAGCAUUGCACAAUCUAUAUCACAUCCAGUGAUUGAAGGACUUGACAUCUUUCAAGUGAUAUCUUUGAGCUAAUAAUGUUUUCUUCCGGAUUACAUGGUUUCAGUAUUUUCGGAAAAACUCGAUAUGUAACUGCUUUCCUUAAUGGAAUUUCCCUUUGUCUGUCAUUAUGAUCAGAGUUGCAUUGAUUUUGAUACAUUGAUGAAUCCCUUUGAAGGAGAAUUUCUUGUAAAUGAUUUUGCAAUUAAUAAAUAUUCACUUUUUUAAUAUAUAUAUAUUCAAAUCCGUUCAAGUACCAAGCAUUCUAAUGAAGAAAAUAGCAAUGUGAGAAUGUGCUCCCAGUAUUUUAUAUUUGUUUUUACUAGUUAUAAGUUAGCAUUUUGAAACUUAUUCUAUAAAUCUUUUAUGUAAAAUAAUUAAGAUAAAAUAAAAGUACUUUUGGUACAUAA